UCAAGGUAGUAUCAAACAUUGUCCAUUUCAAUUCUUAAAUUGAGAUUCAUCAUACAAUUUCUUUUAUCGAAUUUUCCUCGUUAUUAAAAAAAGAAAAAGAAAAAUAGAAUGGUCGGGGCUUGGACCUAUUAAGUGAAAAUAUUAUUCAAGUUCGGUUCAUAUCAACUACUGAUUUAAUUGAUAAUAAUCAGAUAUAUUAGGCUAUAAUUUCUAUAUUUUGUAGAACUCAACAAUUAGUUAAAUUUGAGUUGCGAGUUGCGUCUAGACAGAAAAAUUAGAAAAACGAAUUCGAAUCGAGCUAUAAUUCCGAUCUUUUAACUUUAGUUUCCUUCUCUCCCAAAUUUCCCUCCCCCACAAUCUUCUAACCUUAAAACAAUGCAAUAAAGAAAAAUCCCAGGAAGAAACAAAGCAGCCGUUUUUCAACCAAAACCCCCUCCUCAAAUUCUCCUAAUUCUUACCUGGGUACCCCGAAUUUAGCUCGGAAGGAAUGGGUUUCCGCUAAUUGAUAAAAAAAAUCGUGUCUUUUUUAGUUUUUAGGAGUGACAGCAGGCAGCAACGGCAAAUACCAUUGUUCUCUUGCUUGUUGAGAAAGAAUGGCGUUCAAGAUUAAUUCCCCAUUCUCCUGUGUGUCUGCGUAUCUUUCUUCACCUUUUCAAAGAAACGGAAAGCUGCUCAAGCUGAGCUCGAAGAAAGGACUGUUGGGAAGGCAACAUUUCGAUAUACAAAUUUUGAGCAAUAGUAAAGUUGUUAAGCCGUGCCAGCUCAUGCAUGGAAAGCUAACGCUAAAACAAACCUUGUCAAAGAGGCACAAUCUCCUUGCUAUCUCCGAAGAUCAAGAAUCAGUCGGUGAGCUUGAAGGAGAUGAUUUCGAGCAGGAAGGACAGGGCUCUAGUGCUGAAGACAGUGGCUCCUCAAAUAAUUCCUAUGAUCAUAUUGAUAGAGCUGCGGGAAAACCAGGAUUUAUUUCUUUUCAUGGACGCGUGCAGAGAAGAGAUGAUGAAGCUAUUCUUCCUGGCCCUGUAAAAGAUCAAAGUAGUCUUUUGUGGCUUGUUGGUCCCACUGUCCUCGUUGCAUCGUUUGUCUUUCCUUCACUUUACCUACGCAAGAUAAUAUCUUCGAUAUUUGAGGAUUCCUUAUUAACCGACUUUCUAAUAUUAUUCUUUACGGAAGCCAUUUUCUACUGUGGAACUGCCGUUUUCUUUCUCCUGAUUGACCGUCUGAGGAGACCCAAGGAACCAACCUAUGCUGAAACAAGCCAAAUUCUUGUUCCUCAUUUUGGAGACCGAAUCUCUUCUGUUGCCGUAUUGGUGCUUAGUCUUAUAAUCCCAACAGUAACAAUGGGUUUCGUCUGGCCUUGGACCGGCCCUGCUGCUUCCGCAACUCUGGCUCCAUACCUUGUCGGGAUCAUUGUUCAGUUCGCGUUUGAGCAGUAUGCGAGAUAUGUCGCCUCACCAUCAUGGCCUGCCAUUCCCAUAAUCUUCCAAGUUUAUAGGUUGCACCAACUGAAUAGGGCAGCGCAAUUGGUGACGGCUCUCUCCUUCACUGUGAAAGGCGCUGAGAUGACGCCUCACAACCUGGCCAUAAAUAGUUCUUUGAGCACACUUCUCAAUAUCCUCCAGUUUCUUGGCGUCAUCUGCAUCUGGUCGCUCUCGAGUUUCAUCAUGAGAUAUUUUGACGUGCCAGCGGUCAGCAGGAAGAUGGAGGAAAGCUGAACUUCACCACCACGCCAUCAUCUCUUGGUAAUAUUGAUACUUUGUCGCUUCAUUACUUGUUGGAAUACAGGCACAUGAAGUUAGUCUCUGAUUAUGUGAAACAAGUGUAAAUUGAUAAUAAACACUUAGUGUUAUGCUGUCUACUGUAAACUGCACAUCUCUUAUAGAUCCAUUGCCUAAUGAAACGACCUGAGUUAGAUACCGGUA